AUGGUACUUCACAACCCAAACAACUGGCACUGGGUCAACAAGGACGCAUCUGCUUGGGCAAAGGAAUAUUUCGAAAACAAUCUCAUCGGCACUGAGGCCAAGGAUCCUGCAAACGAAGCGUACGUUCGAAUUGAAAAGGUUCUCAGCGUCGACGGUGAUGUGGAUGUAAGCCAAAGGAAGGGCAAAGUCAUCACCCUCUUUGAUGUCAAAAUUCAACUGGAAUAUAGCGGUAUGUUGGUAGAACCUAAAAAGAACCAGUUGCGAUAUCUAACGUCACUACAAGGCAAGACGGGGGCUGGGGAAAAUGUUUCAGGGACGAUAACCGUGCCCGAGGUAGCUCAUGAUACGGAACUAGAUGAAUAUGUUUUUGAAAUCUCCAAUUAUUCCGAUACGGCGGAGAAGCAAGAAGUUAGGGAACUCGCACGUUCCCACCUUACGCCGCAACUACGCGAAAGGCUUUACCGCUUUGCCGAUGCCCUCGUGGAGCAGCACGGGAAGGAUAUUCAGCACACGAAGGAAAACGACCCCAAAUAUAAACCAUCCCAGGUUCCUGAUGCAGCUCCCUCUUCAUCAGCUGCCGCGCUGGGUACGUCGGGUAAAGGCUCAGGCCCGCAGGCUUCGCGGAGCGAGACAAAAGCUGUCGUGAACACCACUGAAAUUGUGGAAACCUUCGAGUUUCAGACAACUGCCUACGAGCUCUAUCAGACAUUGGUAGACCCAAACCGUAUUACUGCGUUUACCCGUAGCCACCCUGAAGUUUUCGAACCUGUUGAAGGAGGUCGGUUCAAGUUAUUUGGAGGCAAUGUCACUGGCGAGUUUGUUAGGCUGGAUCCAACAGAAAAGAUCACGCAGAAAUGGCGAUUGGCCAACUGGCCAGAAGGCCACUAUUCAACCAUGACGAUGGUAUUUGACCAAGGGGUUGCUGCUACUGUUCUAAGGUUGACCUGGGAAGGUGUACCGAUUGGACAGGAGGAAACAGCAAAGAAAAAUUUCUCCGAAUACUAUGUGAGGAGUAUCAAAAUUACCUUUGGGUUUGGGGCGAUUCUUUAA